UUGUUUUGUUAUUAUUUUAUUUAUUUAUUUUUUUGCAUUUGAUUCCAGCGCGCGCCCCAGCACGAGACAUGAACGUGAACGAUGCCAAGGAGUAUCUCUCCAGGAGAGAAAUACCCCAGCUGAUGGAGAGUUUGCUGACGGGACUGAUGUACUACCGGCCAGACGAUCCCAUCGACUACAUGGAGUCAUGCCUGAAGAAGGUGCGCGAGCUCGGUGGGACUGAAAAAGUGAGGUGGGAUACUUUUGUAGGACAGGAGAAGAAGUCCCUGCCACCGCUCAACGGAGGCCAAUCGCGACGGUCUUUCUUCCGCAACGUGCUGCCCGACAGGUACGAGCGUCUGCCUCCCAUCCACCAGUUCUCCAUCGAGAGCGACUCGGACUUGUCUGAAACAGCAGAGCUGAUCGAAGAGUAUGAAGUGUUUGACCCCUCCAGACCGCGGCCCAAGGUCAUCCUCAUCAUCGGUGGCCCGGGCAGCGGUAAAGGCACGCAGAGCCUGAAGAUCGCAGAGCGCUACGGCUUCGAGUACGUCUCCGUGGGUGAAUUGCUCCGAAAGAAGAUGAUCCACAAUGCAACCAGCAACAGGAAGUGGAGUCUGAUCGCCCGGAUCAUUACUAAUGGCGAAUUGGCGCCUCAGGAGACGACCAUCACCGAGAUCAAGCAGAAAAUCAUGAAGCUACCAGACGCCAGCGGAAUAGUCAUCGACGGCUUCCCUCGGGAUGUGGCGCAGGCGCUUUCUUUUGAAGAUCAGAUUUGUACUCCAGACCUGGUGGUUUUCCUGGCGUGCUCUAACCAGCGUUUAAAGGAGCGUUUGGAGAAGAGAGCGGAGCAGCAGGGACGACCCGACGAUAACCCCAAAGCCACCGAGCGACGCCUCGCCAACUUCAAACAGAAUGCUGUGCCACUGGUUAAGUACUUCCAGGAGAAAGGCCUCAUCGUGACGCUGGACGCAGACCGAGACGAGGAGGAAGUCUUCUCAGACAUCGGCAUGAUGGUGGACAACAAGCUUUUCCCCACCAGAGAACCCGUAGCAGGCCCGAGCGAGCUUGAUCUGAGCGUGCUCGCCGACAGCACCAGCCCGCCCGACGCUCCGUCCAGAUUCGACGAGCAGGCUAUCAAGGAGGAGAUGGAGGAGGAGGACGACGAGGAAGAGGCAGCGUCAGGGUACGGAGAACCUCCGGCAGAAUGUUUGCCCGUGGAGAAGAAGAAACCAAAGGUCAUCUUCGUGAUCGGUGGGCCCGGCUCGGGCAAAGCGCUGCAGUGUGAGAAGAUGGAGGAGCGUUACGGUUUGAGGCGCCUCUGUCCCGGAGACAUGCUGUGCACCGAGCUGCAGUCGCACAGCGAGCGGGGACGCUUCCUCCGAGACCUGCUCGAGAGGGGACGCCAACUUCCUGAGGACACGCUGAUGGAUUUGCUGUGCGAGUCGAUGGAGUCCACAGUGCGACGGGGGAAAGGGUUCCUGGUCAGCGGCUUCCCACGGGAUCUGAGACAAGCGGAGGACUACAAGGCCAAGAUGGGCCAGCCCAGCACCGUCCUACUACUCGAUUGCUCGGCCUCCACCAUGACUAGACGUCUCCAGCAGAGGGUGCUGUCCAGCCUGCGCCGCACAGACUCCUGCCACAGAGAAGCCCGUCUCCGCGUGGAGGGUUUCUGCGGCACCUUGACUCCGCUCGCCACUCACUACGAGACACUCGGGCUCCUGCACAAGAUUGAUGCAGAACAGCCCCCUGACGAUGUGUUCGAGCAGAUCUGCCUGGUCCUGGACGCGUGUUAAACACCACGGAACUCUACAGAACACCACGCACCAGUAUCCUGCACUUACUCAUCCAUCGCGCAUCCACCCACCACCAUCACAUCACGUAGGAAAAGGAACCUGGCAACAAGCUGUGACUUUACGCUCUGCUGUACAUAGCAUUCUGAUCCGAUUCGAAUCUGCUCCGCUACCGCUAGCUCUCUGUAUGAAGUGCUUUAGCUCCGCCUAGCAUGGACUGAACGAGGGGCGAGAAUUUGCGUCGCGUCAUGUUAUUUCCUCUCUCCGGCCGUGUUCCGACAAACUCCGCCUCCCGUAUUAGAUCGGCUAGCAAGUACGAAGUCUUGGCGAGAUCGAAUACAGAAUAAUAAGCAACGGUGGGCGUGGCUUACGAUACUGUAAACCUGCUAGCCAAUCAUAAUGCAGGAGAUUCUUUAUUGAUUUUUUUUACAUGUCGGAAUACCGACCGAGGCAGGGAAACGAAGCAUCGAAGUUGUUACGGCAGCGAUCUUCAAAUUCACUGCGGAGAAUUUCAAUUCAAGUUUAAAACGAUGCUGGUGGGAAUUAUUUUUUUUUUUCGAGCAUUAAAAGUAUAAAUUGAAACGUUUAAAUAAAACUACAAAACCUUUCUGGAAAAAAAAAAAAUUCAAUAAGUAAAAUCAAUCAUGGAGAAGUGUCCGAUAACCAGGGUUCAAAAGAGAAAAUCUGGUUCGUCUGUAAGAGACAAGACGAAUUAUCCAUCAUCGGAGAACAGGCUUUUUUUUUUUGGGGGGGGGGGGGGGGGGGGGGGGGGGGGUUUGGAUGACCCCGUGACUUCGUAACGCUUCUCUUGCAGAUGACGGCUAUGAGGUUUUUUUUUUUUCCCCUCUCGCAUUCUUAAACGAGUAACAGGUUGAAUUGUUUGUUUUUAGCAUAGACUUGACUAACACACAAAAUUGAGCCAAGGAAGGUGUCAAGGACAUUCUAAUUAUUAUUAUUAUUAGAUUUUCUUAAAAUAUAAUAAAUGACUUUCAGGGUAAGACGGUUGUACGUUCGAAAUGGUGAACAUCCCAAUAUCAUUAAAAACAAAGGAAAGGGGACAAAAAAAAAAAAACAUUCAAGAGAACCUAUUUUUCUUCUUCCCAUGAUCCCAUGACAAUGUGGGAUAUCAAACGUUUUACAGGGGGGGCAAGUUUGAAUGGUGUGGGACGCUAACACGGAUAUCUAUCUAUGAAAUGUAUACUUACUGCGUAUCUGUAUUAUUACAUAUUGAUGGAGCAUCCCUCUCUCUCUCUCUCUCUCUCUGUCACUCUCAUCUCUUCCUGCUCUGUAAGCAUGUCAGAAAAGCAUCAACGAUCAAUAAAACCAGUCGCUUUUGUGUAAAAAUGGAAAAGAAAAAAAAAAGAAAAAAAAGAAGAAGAAAAAAAAAAAAACUUCACAGGCUUCGUAUUUGUAUUUACCUGUGUCUGGCUACAGGCUUUUAAACCGUGGAGGAGUUGAGUUUCACGCUGAAAUCCUGUUAUUGUAUUUUCCUUCUGAAAUGUUUGAAUGAAAUAAAAAAUCAUUUCAUACGUUGUAAA